AGUAGCCUAUGUCUAAUCAGCUCUGCAGUUGUAAAAAAUGAGCGCCCUUAGCGCCACACCGACCGUCCGACUGCAAGUGCGUCUCCAUUGGUUAAGUAAGUGGUUGGAGCGGCUACAACCUUUUUUUCUCAGCUUCGAAAAGUUUCAUAUUGACAGCAGCUGCCAUUAAACGAAAUGCAGCUCGCGAGUUUCCCAGAUUAUCGGACUGUGUUAUUUCAGGAGAGACGGCAGAUGGACUGACUUUCUCAAUGCCUCUUUCUGGCGCCUUGCUGUUGAUUUAGAUGGCUUGUCUCCUGACAACACAACAAGAUAAUAACACAAGAUGAGCAGAGAUGGACGACAGUGGACACGACAACAUGAGACAUUUAUGAAAAGUUUCCCCGAAGAAGCCCUUCUCGCUCGGAUAAAGAACAAUGUCUUUGAAUGUCUCGCGCUUGAACAACACACUUCAGCACGAGCUCUUUACCUACAAUGUUCCUGCUCUCAUAUUUGGGCUUUUGCUCAUUAUUGUGAUCAUAUCUGGAAAUGCGCUUGUCUGCCUAAGUGUUUACAAGGAAAAAGCCUUGAAGACAACGACAAACUAUUUCAUAGUGAGUUUGGCUGUGGCAGAUCUCCUGUUGGCGGUUCUGGUUUUACCCCUGUUUGUCUAUGCAGAGUUUCAAGGUGGUGUCUGGUCCUUAGAUGUCGCUCUUUGCGAUGGACUAAUGACCAUGGAUGUAUUGCUCUGUACAGCAUCAAUAUUCAACCUUUGUGCAAUCAGUGUGGACAGGUUUAUUGCAGUGUCCAUACCACUUAACUACAACAGAAAGCAUGUUGACUAUCGGCAGAUUCUGUUACUUUCUGCCACAUGGUUGUUGGCGUUGGCUGUGGCAUCUCCUGUCAUCUUCGGAAUAAACAAUGUUCCACAAAGAGACCCCAGAGAAUGCAAACUUGAAGACAACAGUUAUGUAGUAUAUUCGUCUGUCUGUUCCUUUUUCAUCCCAUGUCCAAUCAUGCUCCUACUGUACUUUGGGAUGUUCCAUGGCUUGCUCAAGUGGGAAGAAUCACGCAAAGCCAAACUGAGAAACAGUAUCCAGGCCUGCCGCAGUUUGCAGCAUGCUGCAGUGGCUGCCGCCCUCCCGCCUUUGGGAGCUCUGCCUGCGUCCCUGCCCCUGGUCAUUGAGAGGGACUUGGCCCAGUCCAGUCUUGGGGAGCUUGAAGACUUCACACAGCCCGUCUGCCCCUUCCCACCUGAGUAUAAAAACAGCCCCAUUCAGACUGUGGCCUACCCUGACAUUCAAUAUGGCAAGCCAGCUCAGAGAAAGAAGAGGGAUAAGAUCAAUGGAAGGGAGAGAAAAGCCAUGAGGGUUUUACCUGUUGUUGUAGGUAAGUGUUGAAAUAACUGUAAAUUUCUUAAAGGGAUACUCCACCCCAAAAUGAAAAUUUUGUCAUUAAUCACUUACCGCCAUGUCAUUCCAAACACGUAAAAGCUUUGUUCGUCUUCGGAACACAAUUAAGAUAUUUUGGAUGAAAACCGGGAGGCUCGUGACUGUCCCAUAG